AUGGCAUUCAAAACUCGUGAAGGCCUCUUUGAAUGGCUCGUCAUGCCAUUCGGAUUAUCGAACGCACCUAGCACUUUCAUCCGCGUGAUGAAUCAGCCCUACGCCCGUUCAUUGACCUCUUUGUCUGAUCAUAUACGACACCUCACAGAUGUCCUUACAGUUCUCCGACGCGAUAAACUCUUUGCAACUCUCAAGAAAUGCGAUUUUGGUUCUUCAUAUGUGCAGUUUCCUGGCUACAUCGUCUCUGAUCAAGGCCUAGUGGUUGAUCCGAGGAAGAUUUCGGCUAUUAAAUCUUGGCCAACACCUCGCACCACAACUGAAGUUCGGAGCUUUCACGGACUUGCAUCAUUCUAUAGCCGAUUUGUAUCUCAGUUUAGUAGUCUUAUGGCGCCUCAUGGCCGGUUUGUAUCUCAGUUCAGUAGCCUUAUGGCUCUAACUGAUACGAUUCGAGAUGGCCGUUUUGUGUGGACACCUGAAGCUGAACGUGCUUUUGUUCUUAUCAAAGAUAAGCUAUGUUCUGCCCCGUUUUUGGCUCUUCUUGACUUCAAUCUUGUGUUUGAACUACACUGCAACGCCUCAAAAGCUGGUAUUGGUGAUGUACAUAGCCAGAGAGGGUGA